AUGGCGGUGGCGUGGGUGACGGCGACCUCGCGGGCACGAAGGUGCCAGCAAGGGAGAGGCGGAAGUACCUGGAUCUGGUCGCACCGGAGGCCAUACGCGCGCCGACGACCGGGUUGCGCCGCUAGGGUUUUCCCACGCCGGGGCUGCUGUGGUAGCGCGCGACGGCGUCGGGCCACAGCAGCCUGGAAGAGCGACGCAAGGCGAUUUCUUUUGAAGAAGCAAUGCGCCUGGGGGAUUGUCCUCGAUGCUGGGAGCGACGAACAGAUAGUGAGGGCGACCAGAGGAGACAGAGACGGAGCUCGGAGCAAGGGAGAGAUGGCGGUACCUGGAUCUGCUGUCGCCGGGGGCCUCGCGCGCACCAGCAGGGCUGGGCCUGGUAGGGGCGGCGUUGGCACGGGGUCGUGA